UUUUUCCUUUUUUUAAAUUUAUAGUUUGUUUCUUCUUCGUUUGUUUUUGAUAAUGUUGUUCAAUUUCUAGCCAUUUUUCCGGUAACAUUUUCAACUUUUGAUCUCACCCAAGAUCGAAACCCAACAGUCCAGUUUUUUUUAAGGUAAGGAAAAAAAAACCCCAACAAUGGCGCCGUCGUUUGGGUGGUGGGCAAAAGGCAGCCACAAAGGAACUCCGGUGGUUGUCAAAAUGGAAAACCCAAACUGGUCAAUGGAGGAGCUCCAAGCUCCGUCCGAAGACGAUUUCCUCGUCGGUAACACCCCGAAGGGUACUCGCGAAAAAGCGCGUGGCAAAAACGCCAAACAACUCACUUGGGUCCUCCUCUUAAAAGCCCACCGCGCCGCCGGUUGUUUAACCUCCAUUGCUUCCACAUUGGUCGCUGUCGGUUCCGCCGUCCGUCGUCGAGUCGCCUCCGGUCGAACCGACGCCGACGCCGACAACUGUUCCGCCAACGAAAAUACAACUGUUAAAACCAGGUUCUAUAGCUGCAUCAAAGUGUUCCUUUGGUUAUCGUUAUUGUUACUGGGUUUCGAGAUUGCCGCCUACUUUAAAGGCUGGCAUUUCGGUGCGCCGAAGCUACAAUUGCAGUACGUCUUUACGGCGCCGCUCGGCGUUAGGGAUUUCUUCGAUUCCUUGUACUCCCGUUGGGUUUUGAUUCGGGUCGAGUAUUUGGCACCUCCUCUUCAGUUUCUCGCAAAUGUCUGCAUUAUUCUCUUCAUUAUCCAAAGCUUGGAUAGAUUAAUCCUCUGUUUGGGUUGUUUUUGGAUCCGCUUCAAGAAAAUCAAGCCAAUUCCCAAACAAGUUGCUGUUGCAGAUCUUGAAUCUGGGGAUGAUGGGUUCUUCCCCAUGGUUCUUGUUCAGAUCCCUAUGUGUAAUGAAAAAGAGGUUUACCAGCAGUCGAUAGCUGCAGUGUGUAACUUGGACUGGCCGAAGUCGAAAAUUUUGAUUCAAGUUUUGGAUGAUUCCGAUGAUCCAACAACUCAGUUGCUUAUCAAAGAAGAGGUUCAUAAAUGGCAACAACAAGGUGUUCACAUUGUGUACCGGCAUCGUGUGAUUAGAGAUGGUUACAAAGCUGGUAAUCUUAAGUCUGCAAUGAGUUGUAGUUAUGUUAAAGACUAUGAAUUUGUUGCCAUUUUCGAUGCCGAUUUCCAGCCGAAUCCUGAUUUUCUUAAGCGAACUAUACCCCAUUUUAAGGAUAAUGAGGAUGUAGGAUUGGUUCAGGCAAGGUGGUCUUUUGUUAACAAGGAUGAAAAUUUGCUAACAAGAUUGCAAAACAUAAAUUUGUCGUUUCACUUCGAGGUUGAGCAACAAGUGAAUGGUGUUUUCACUAAUUUCUUCGGGUUCAACGGGACAGCUGGGGUUUGGAGGAUUAAGGCUUUGGAGGAUUCCGGUGGGUGGUUAGAGAGAACCACGGUUGAGGACAUGGAUAUCGCAGUUCGUGCCCAUCUUUGUGGAUGGAAGUUCAUUUUCCUCAAUGAUGUCGAGUGUCAGUGUGAACUUCCCGAAUCUUACGAAGCUUAUAGAAAACAACAGCAUCGAUGGCAUUCGGGACCAAUGCAAUUGUUCCGCCUCUGUUUGUCGGAUAUUAUCCAUGCUAAGAUUAGUGUGUGGAAGAAAUUCAAUAUGAUCUUUCUGUUCUUUCUGCUCCGAAAACUGAUCCUACCAUUUUAUUCAUUCACACUUUUCUGCAUAAUUCUCCCGAUGACGAUGUUCGUUCCUGAGGCUGAGCUUCCGGCAUGGAUUGUCUGUUACAUCCCCGCUGCAAUGUCAUUCCUCAACAUCCUUCCAGCCCCAAAAUCCUUCCCGUUCAUUGUUCCAUACCUUCUUUUCGAGAACACAAUGUCGGUGACAAAGUUCAAUGCAAUGAUCUCCGGUCUAUUCCAACUUGGCAGUGCAUAUGAGUGGGUCGUUACCAAAAAAUCCGGUCGGUCAUCCGAGGGUGAUCUUUUGUCCUUGGUCGAGAAACAACCGAAACAUCAGCGUGGGGUAUCAGAACCCAAUCUUGAUGAAUUGAAAACCGAACUUGAGCAAGAACAGAAGGCUAAGAAAAAGACGCAUAAUAGGAUAUAUAGGAAGGAGCUAGCACUUGCAUUCCUCCUUCUAACAGCUUCAGCUAGGAGCCUCCUUUCUGCACAGGGUAUCCAUUUCUAUUUCUUACUAUUUCAAGGGAUAUCUUUUCUUCUGGUCGGUCUGGACUUGAUCGGCGAGCAGGUCCUUUAAAAGUACAGAUUAGGAAGUUUGCAGGAAAACACAGCCGCCAUUGAGGAAAAUCGAAGCUGAGUAAAUCAUUGCCUGUAAAUGAAGUUUUAUGGGAGCUGAGGGUUCUUUUCACCGUCGUCUACACUUGGAUGAUAGUUCCUUCAAUGUCUACUGAAUACGAGAAGAAGAAUAGCCUGGAUUUGGACAUCAUAGGCACACUUGAAAAUCAUGAUACUCAUCAGUAUAUAUAAUGCUUUUCCCAUUUCUUUUUCCUUUGUUUUUUUUUAUCAAUUCUUUUUUAAGAAAAACAA